AUGAAUUGGGAUCACCCAAUCCACAGUUUCACGGAUCCCAAUGUCGAACCUCAGACCCCCACAAGAACGCCCACCAUCAGCUCCCUGGACGACACUGCCUUCCAAACGCCAAAGUUCGAGUCGAGCUUCUAUGAUCCUCGCGUGACAUGGGACACCGCCGACCCUUACGCCUCGAGCCCCGAACUCACCAGGUCUGCCCACCGUUUCGAUCAAACCCCCGGCCAAAGGGUCCAGAGCCCGGGCGAUGGCACGAUCUCGAGGCACAGGCCGGUAGACAUUGGCAGGGCGGACAGCAAUUUUACGACUCAUAGCGCUGGCUUUGCGGAUUCAGUCGGCUCCGCAAAACGGUCUGCUGCAUCAAUGCAGACACCGCCGCCCACAAGUACCGUUCGGAGGAAAGCUCAGGACCGGAAUAGCACCAACUUGGAUCUGAGUACCCCCAUACAGCCAACCUACUCUGCUCAGCCGCUAGAAACACCCAGCCGCGUGAUUGGUUUCUCUCCUGGCAUCUUCGGCCUGCAGGGCUCUCCUGAUUUUUUUACCAUGUCCGGGAAUUUGGCAACGGCUUCUCCUUAUUUCUCCCGCCAGAUGCCAUGGGGCCAUGAGGGUACCGGUUCUCAAGGUGCGGUGGGCAUGUCACCGACAUAUGGCGGUUCAUUCAAUCUACCUGCCUCUUCGCCCCCAGGCCUUUUCGAUGCCAGUCGCGUGGAAAGCACAAACUUAGGCACGUCCCUUCUGCCAGUAGUUCAUGAACCGAAUGGAUUUAAUGCUCGUUCAAUGGCACAUGAUGCUUGCGGCCUGGAGGCAAGCCAUGCCACUCUGCAUAGUUCAAUAGCCACAUCUCCACGGGUGCCUCCCGUACACAGUGAAGACCCGUCCAUGUUUCUGAGUUCUCCUGCACGACGGUUUGGCUAUUCGGAGCAAACUCUCUCCCCGCCACCUCGUCCUAGAGUAGAAACGCGGCAACCAUACCAUUACCAAACAGAGUUAUCGGAGCGUGAAAAGACUCAAGAAUUAAAGAAACUACAUCGCUCCAAGAGCUCAAGUCGACGGCAAAAGGUCUCCCGCGUUGAGAGCGCAUCCUAUGCACCACAGACAGCGGCGGGGAAGCCGGCCGUGAAGAGAAGCGUUACUCAUUCUGGAGUUCCAUCUUUGUCUAAUAGUCGGCCCCAACGGCAAACCUCAUUUCAAGCAGCGGUCCCGGUAAUUGGCGGCGGUGGUGUCCAAGAAGACUCCAUCCAAAGGCCGUUCCUCGCCUUUGAAACCACAUCUCUCUCCGCUCUCUCACUCCCCUACGGUUUCUUUGCCGGCUCCAAUGGAAUCGUUGGUCCUGAAGAUAUCCCAAGGAUGGACUGGCCACUACAGAAAUGA